UGCAAACGCGGUGAAUACGGCCACGAAUUGCAGAGCGCCGUCGUCAUGCGUACCAGACCGCUCAUGAGCAUGACUGCCCGCCCCUCUAUUCACUCGAAGGCCAAAUCUUCUUUUCUGCUUCUCGCGUCAAGCAAAUUUUCCUGUCUGCAACAACAACACGCUCACGCGACAGCACUCGCCAUUCUCGCCCACAGCGUCGACGACGUCGUCCCACGCGUAUCGUUCAGCAACCACACGUUCUGCGAGCCGUUCACGAGCUCAGAAGGAGAGGAGAGAAGGAGUUUCAGGUUCUGAAGCGUAGGUACAGCGUCUGUUUGCUGCGUCUGGGCUGCCACUCUGCCAUCCUGCCAUUUGCUUGAGCUGCUUUGAGGGGAGGACGCUGGAGUGGAGGAACAUCUCACAUCUAGCUACGUCCCCAGCAUCCUGACGACCUUCGCGUCUCUAUCC